CUGGAUUAGAUAAAUAUUAAAAUAUGAAAAAGAAGCUUCAAAAAAAUGAGCUGAAAAGGUUUGAAAAUCUUAAGAAUAUCAAUAAUAAUCAAGCACUGAGAAAAUCUGAGAUUAGGAGCACCUCUUAUCUCCAAAAGAGGGAUAGAUCUACUAAGCUUCUAAGCAAGAAGGCAAAGCCUGAAAAAUUGGGAGAAACAUCUAAGAACUUCUUCUUAAACCAAGGACAGAGGACGAUGUUAUCGAAAGGAACUUUCGAUGGGCAUCAAACAAGCUUUAAGUCCUUCAAAAAUAAUAAUUUCUUGGACUCUAUUUUCCCUAAGAAUGGGAUUAACUCAGCUCAGAACUUUUCUAUUGGGAAGAAGAGCAAGUAAGGCGACUGGAAGUAUGUGUAAUCCUAGUCAAAAUAGCUUUGCUGUGAAGCAGCCCAAGCUGGGUAAGAUUCAUUCUCACAGAGAAUUGUUGCCAAAGUCUAUGAUGAAUACCAACAUCCUGGAGAGAAAAGUAAUCAACUAUGUUAAGAAGAAUCAGAGGGAAUAUAAGAAUUUUAAUAUCGAUUUACAGCUGAACAGGUACCUGAAAAUGAAGUAUGAAAGCAAGAAUAUGAAGACAAAUCCUUUAUCAAGGAAGGACUUCGUUAGGCAUUUGCAGGAAUCUAUCGCCCAGAAGAAGCAAGAAAUGGAGGAAAGUGCCAGUCAGACUUAUAAGGAUGCUAAAUCUAAUGAUCUGAGCGAGGAAGGUGAGUCAAGUCAAAGUUGAGAAGAGAAAUCCAAAAGCAAUAAACUCAUUACUUCAGAGAAGGAGGAUGAUGGUUCCCAGUAUCACACUUUUGAGACUGGGAGUAAAAUUCCUAUCAGCAAAAGCUCAAAAUUUAACAGAAAACAGCACGUAAUCCAGAAAAAUGUCUUUGAUGAAUUAGACAAGGACCCUCUUUCUGAUUUUAACUCGACAAUAAUAUCCGAUGAAAGAAAUUUUGAAACGUAUCAGGAGCAUCCUCAGCAGGAAGAACCAUUGAGGCUUCUUGAAGAGGAAAGGCAGGCUUCCUUGGUAAACAUGUUUCAAAAACCGGAAGGGAAGAAGACAUUCAACUUCCCUCGACCACAUACUCCAUAUGUUAGGGACGAGAAUGGCAAGAAGCACCUCUUGAGUCUUUACGCACGAGAUCAGAGCAGGAGAGAGUUGAUUGACUUCCUGAUGAAAAGGAAGAAGCCCCAGGAUAUAUACCAUGAUGCUUCACCGAGGAACUUAAGGUCUCAGGUGCAUCUCAAUUAUGAGCAAGUGAGGAAGGACCCAAACCUCAAAGUUGAUAUGAGCGAGCUGAAUCUGUUGAAGAUCAGGGAAACCACUUAUCACCGAUAUGAGCAGGAAUACAAGGAUUAUUUGAAGAAAGAGUACCAAGCUAUUAGGAAAAAGUCGAUGUUGUCCAGAAACCCCUUGGUCAUAUUCUCAAGAGCAUUAUCUCAGCCAAGGGCUCAGGACAGCAAGUUUAUAAAUGUGAUACACCGGGCAAGGAAGGGGUAAGUGCCUUUGUUGGGGCUUAGCCUAAGCCAAUACAACACUUGAAGC